AUGAUGACCUGCAUACUGACGGCGCUUGUUUUCACUACCUCUGCUAUUCUUGCCGCACCACUCUCUUCACGCACAGGCAACAUCGUCACCCAAGCCUCCGGCUCGUACGACUUCGUCAUCGUCGGCGGAGGCUUGGCAGGCCUGGUCCUCGGCGCUCGCAUCUCCGAAAACCCCAACCUCAGCGUGCUUGUCCUCGAGGCUGGCAGCGAUGGAGAGGCAUACAAGACGCAAAUUGACACGCCGGGUCUUGCAUACUAUGGUGAUUUGUGGUCCGGGCCGCUCAACUGGAAGUACUACACUACUCCCCAGUCGGAGCUGAAUGGACGGAGCAUGAUCUGGCCGCGAGGCAAGGUAUUAGGAGGCAGCUCCGCCAUUAACGGAAUGUACAUUACGCGCCCGAGUGCAGUGGAAAUCGAUGCCUGGGCCGCGAUGCUGGGCGGUAUGGACGGCGCCGAGAAUUGGACGUGGGACUCGCUGUACAAUGCAAUGAAGUCUAGCGAGGCUCUCACGCCGCCUUCUGCCGCCGUAGCAAGCCAGGCGAAUAUCUCAUACAACCCGGCGAGUCAUGGGUACGGCGGGCCUAUUGACACCACCUGGCCGGGCUACACUUUUCCCAUCAACGGGGCUUGGUCCGAUGCUUGCGAGAACGCUGGAGUGCCAAAGACCGACGAUGCGUAUGGCGGCAGCAACUCGGGUGCUUAUAUUGCUGCUUCGUCGAUUGAUCCCUCCAGCUGGACGCGCGCUUCUAGCAAGACGGGAUAUUUGGACAAUCUGCCAUACCGUUCGAACUACCAUGUCCUUCCGAACGCUUUCGUCACUCGGAUCCUCUUCGACAACUCUGCGAGGGGUGAAGUGACAGCCACGGGAGUUGAGUAUACAACUGAUAAUGGCGCGACGCGGUCCACUGUGACCGUCAACAACGAAGUGAUCCUGGCAGGAGGCACCAUCGGCAGUCCCACAGUCCUGAUGCACAGCGGAGUCGGCCCGAGCGACGUUCUCCGCGCCGCUGGCGUCAACGUGGUAGUCGAUCUUCCCGGCGUCGGUGAACACCUCAUGGACCACCUAAGUCUCCAAACCACCUGGGCCAGUAUCGAACAAACCGCCGGCGCUCUCUACCAAUCCGGCACGCAAACCAACAACCCCGCCUUCAUGUCCUACAUCAACGACGCCGUUGCCUUCGUCGACGGCCCCACCCUCCUUGGCCCCAAUCUCCCGACCUUCCAAUCGAACGUCCUCUUCAACCAAGCCUUCUACGCCCCCAACACCAGAGACUCCGUAAUGGAAGCCAACACCGCCAUCACCGAAACAACAGCCAAAACAAUCCUCCCAAGCAACAGCGGCAUCAUCGAAAUCCUGCUCCAAAACACCGCCGCGAACGGUACGGUGUUCAUCCAAGUCACGCUCCAGCAUCCCUACAGCCAAGGCAGGCUAUGGAUCACGUCCAACGAUCCAAUGCAAUACCCCUCCAUCGACCCUCGCUACCUCACCAACCCCGCAGACCAACAAAUCACCAUCGAAGGCCUCAAGCUCGCGCGCCGAAUCGCCCAAUCGCAGCCACUGGCUUCCAUCCUGAAAGAAGUCACGCCCGGCGAAAGCGUGCAGAGCGAUGAGGAGUGGCUGCAAUGGGUGCGUGCGAACUUGUUCACGGAGUUUCAUCCUUCGUCUACGUGUGCUAUGCUGCCGCGCGAGCAGGGGGGUGUGGUCGAUGCGCGGCUGCGGGUGUAUGGGACGCGCAAUGUGCGGGUGGCGGACGCGAGUGUGCCGCCUAUUGCGUUUUCGGCGCAUUUGCAGGCUUCGACGUAUGGGAUUGCGGAGAAGGCGGGGGAGAUAAUCAGGGGGGAGUAUAGCUGA